GUGUAAUAGUUACGGAUUCUUGCGUGGGAGAGUCGCGAAAGAAACAAAGAAUUUGUUUCAUAAAUCAGUGUUUAAUUUCCCAAUUUUCGUGUUUCCGCUUAGUCUGAUACAGGUUAAUUUGGUAAAAGUUUAUAUUUGCGAGUAAAUAUUUCUGCAAUACCAGCGGUUGGUACACGGGUGCUCAAGAUCACGAGCACAUCGAGAAACAAAAGUUGUUAUCCAAUUUUCCGCUGCCCAUAACCAGCCCCAGACAGGCAUCAGUUGUUCGAUUCGAGGCCUGCCAAGUUAGUUCAACUUCGACAGUCGGCCGACAUCCCCGCAGUUCGAGGAAGAUUUGAGAAAGAAAUAAAGAUUCGGGUGAAUAAAGAGUUUGCAAAUAAACACUACGGUAACUCCGGUCGCCCCAUCGAAAAGGGGAGCUUUCGAAUAGAAAAACGACAUUUUUAUCCGCGUUCAUUAAAGAAACAGUUCGGGGUAAUCAAUCUGGGUAAAUUCCUACCUUGGCCUAAGGAAAAACGAAUAACCAAUCGACGACCAAGGCAGCAAGGAAGAAAAUCGUGUUACGUCGCAGCAACCUUUGAGGGGCGUUAGGCAAUAAAUUGUUGUGCCUAUAGAUUCGAUCUGCGAUUUGGUUCGAUGGCACUGAUGGGUCAUUAAUUCGAGAGAAAGAAAAUAAAUAAGUGAGUGAUAACGCAGCAACCCGUAUCGGUGACUCCAGCAGUGCAGGAGGUGUCAAAAGAUUCGAUAAGGAGGUCACACACAGAGGAUAAAAGCAACAACAAAAAGUGAAUCGUAGUGUGCAUCUCAAUAUAUGUUUGUUAUACAGCUAGGUGUUUUGCAAGAUCGAUCGUAGUGUGCUUGAAAGGGGUAAACGAAAGUUUGUCAUAAUUGUCGUAAGCAGAAAAAAUGAGCAGCAAACACAUGUACUCCACGGCCAACCUGUCCGAUGUCGAGCUGAAGGAUCAGGGCAAUCGGAUGUUCUCCGCCCGCAAAUAUGACGAUGCCAUCAAUCUCUACACGAAAGCAAUUAUCAAAAACCCUACCAAUGCAACCUACUUCACAAACCGAGCCCUGUGCCAUAUCAAAAUGAAACGCUGGGAAUCGUCGUGUACCGACUGUCGCCGAGCACUGGAUAUGGAUCCCAAUCUGGUCAAGGGUCACUUCUUUCUCGGCCUCAGCCUGAUGGAGUUAGAGUCGUACGACGAGGCCAUAAAGCACCUGAUGCGAGCACACGAUUUGGCCCGGGAACAGAAGCUCAACUUCGGCGACGACAUCGCGUCGCAGCUGCGUUUGGCCCGGAAAAAACGAUGGAACAUUCAGGAGGAGAAGCGAAUCUGCCAGGAAAUCGAACUGCAGAGCUACAUCAAUAGACUUAUCAGUGAAGAUAUGGAAAAUCGAAUAGCCAAGCUCAAACUGGAUGAUACUUUGAAUGAAGAUUCGUUGAAGGAGAAACAGUUGGAUAUUGAGCGUGAAUGUGAAAAUCACACCACCGAACUGAAUAACCUAUUUGCAAAAAUAGAUGAAAGACGAAGGAAAAGGGAGGUACCUGAUUACCUGUGCGGUAAAAUCAGCUUCGAACUGUUGGUCGAUCCCGUCAUCACUCCGUCCGGUAUGACCUACGAGCGCAAGGACAUCGAGGAGCACCUGCAGCGGGUCGGGCAUUUCGAUCCGGUGACCAGGGUAAAGCUGACGCAAGACCAACUCAUCGCCAACUAUUCGAUGAAAGAAGUGGUAGACGCGUUCCUGGCCGACAACGAAUGGGCCCUAGAUUAUUAGAUGGAACCCAUACCUAUCGGUCACCUGUGGUAAGCUAUGCUUUAGUGUAAUAAUAACUGUUAAAACUGGUAAACGCCACUUUUCAAAUAUUAUCUCUUCGCAACUCAACUCAAGUGUGAUGUGUUUGUGUAGACGACACUUUUUGCAUUGCGUCACAUUGCCAAUCGAAUUUUUCAAACGAAGAAGCAAUUGUUCGGAGGCGAUUGUUUGAAAUUACAUUUUGAACCAAAAUCUAGAAUUUCCUUCUUUAUUAUGCUUCAUUACAAAGUUAGAAUGUUCACACAUUUGGGUUUUUAAAUGGUUAAUUAUUGAUACUUUUUCCAAUUCAUCGCAAAUUUUGUGAAUCAUUCUUGCAGUUACUAAAAUGUUAAAAUUUGAUCGCGUUUAACAUCUACACAAAAUCUAUUGAAAUAUAAUUAAAGUUUUUCGAUUCCUCGUUCGAGUUUUAGGCAAUCUUGGAAGAUAAACUUUGUAUCAUUAAUUUUAUUGUAUAUGCUAUUCGGAACAACAAAAGUGUGUGGCGAUGUGGUAAUGCAAAUAUUAUAGAAUGUGUUUUUGCAGUUAUUUCAGUACUCUUAUAAAAGUGAUAAUAUAAGCAAAGCAAAUAUUAAACAAUAAAUACUUUAGUUAGAAAAUA